CCAGCGCAGCGCAGCGCAUAUCACAUCUUCGCCAUCGUGCCAUUUCAUCUCGUAGCUCACUCACUUGGUACAACAGAGUGUUGCCAUGGCUACCGUCACUACUCCUCCGGCCACUCUCCAGCCAUGCGAGCACGCCAGGGGCCGCGCGCUCCGGUCACCUCCUCGGGCGUGGAGGAGGAGGCGCAGCCAAGCGAUACGAGCCGCGGCGACGGGCAAGCAGCUCGAGACGCCGCUCGCGGCGGCGGGCGGCGAGGAGGGCGACGUGAUCCGGAGGCUGCAGAACGGGCCGGACGUGCGCGGCGUGGCGCUGGAAGGCGAGAAGGGCCGGCCCGUGGACCUCACGCCGCUGGCCGUCGAGGUGAUCGGCGAGAGCUUCGGGGAGUGGCUGCGGGAGAAGGACAGCGAGGAGCAGCUGCGGGUGUCCGUCGGCCGGGACCCCCGGCUGUCCGGGUCGAGGCUCAGCGCGGUGCUGUUCGCGGGGCUGGCCAAGGCGGGGUGCGCCGUCUUUGACAUGGGCCUCGCCACCACGCCGGCGUGCUUCAUGAGCACCAUCCUGCCUCGCUUCGACUACGACGCCUCGAUUAUGAUGACCGCGUCACAUCUUCCCUACACCCGGAACGGCCUCAAAUUCUUCACCAAGCGCGGCGGGCUAACCUCCGCCGAGGUCGAAGCUAUCUGCGACCGUGCGGCGGGCAAGUACGUCGCCAGGAAGAUGGGCCUCGGCGGCGGCGGCCUCGGCAUGCCUCCGGUCGUCAUGCGCGUCGACCUGAUGAGCGCCUACGCGCAGCACCUCCGGGACAUCAUCAAGGAGCGCGUGGCGCACCCGACCCACUAUGACACGCCGCUCAAGGGCUUCAAGGUCAUCGUGAACGCCGGCAACGGCUGCGGCGGCUUCUUCACAUGGGACGUCCUGGAGAAGCUGGGCGCCGACACGACCGGCAGCCUCCACCUGGAACCCGACGGCAUGUUCCCGAACCACAUGCCCAACCCGGAGGACGCGACGGCCAUGUUGCUCACGCGCGGCGCGGUGCUGGCCCAUGGCGCCGACCUCGGCGUGGUGUUCGACACGGACGUGGACCGGAGCGGCGUGGUGGAUGACGCGGGCGCGGCCAUCAACGGCGACCGGCUCAUCGCUCUCAUCUCCGCCAUUGUGCUCGGGGAGCACCCCGGGACGACGGUGGUGACCGACGCGCGGGCCGGGGACGGGCUGACGCGGUUCAUCGAGGCCAGGGGCGGGAAGCACUGCCUGUACCGUGUUGGCUACCGCAACGUGAUCGACAAGGGCGCGCAGCUCAACGCCGACGGCGUCGAGACGCACGUGAUGAUGGAGACCACUGGGCACGGCGCGCUCAAGGAGAACUACUUCCUCGACGAUGGCGCGUACAUGGUGGUGAAGAUUAUCAUCGAGAUGGUCCGGAUGAGAUUGGCGGGGCAAGAGGGAGGAGUAGGAAGCCUGAUCAGGGAUCUCGAGGAGCCCGCUGAGUCCGUGUUGUUCAGGAUGGACAUCGUGGGCGAACCGAAGAAUGCAAAACAAAGGGGUGUGCAAGCAGUCGAGACUUUCAAGAACUACAUCGAGGAAGGGAAGCUUAACGGCUGGGUGCUGGAUGAUUGUGGCGACUGCUCGGUUGAUCAGGGAUGCCUUGUCGACAACAACGACCAUCCCAUUGAUGUUGAUGCGUACAUGUACAGGGCAAAAUUUUACGACGAGUCUCAGAGACGACUAGGAUGGGUACACAUUCGUCAGAGUGUGCAUAACCCCAAUAUAGCACUAAACAUGCAGUCCUGUGUUCCUGGUGGCUGCAAAUCCAUGGCAAGGAGUAUUUAUGAUGGGUUUCUACUGACAAGUGGGGUAAAUGAAUUUGUUGACAUCACUCAAGUACAAAGUUUUGUAGAGUAGAAUAGUAGUUCUUAUCUUCAUGACCGAACGCUGCAUUAUAGCUGUCCAGGCAAGACCCUAUGGGGGCAAUAAGAGCUUACAGCUACAUGCUGGAGAGUGCAGUGUGCCUACAAUACUUUCCUUCUCCUUUAGUUAGAAUAUAUUGUAUAAUUCUUUUCAAAGAAAGAAUAACUAAUAAUCUUGUAAAUAAUGAUGCACAUCAAAAUGUUAGUCCAUUUAUACAAAUCAUCGUAGCGAUUUCAGUUAAUUUUGUGGUU